UAACAAUUCUGUACGAUCAACAAUACAUCAAAACGUUACCAUCUUGCAUCAUAUCAAUUCCAACAUCAUCAUCAUCAUCAUCAUCAUCAUUAUCAACGGCAACGCUGUUACCAUAUACCGUUGCUGCAACAUUUGAUAAUUUAAAUCAAUCCGGAAAAUUUCCCAAUACCACCACCGUAUUUUAUCCGUUCUCAGGAUAUACAAUAACAAGAACAACAACAGCAACAGCAACAACAACAACAACAACAACAUUGAUACCAGCUGGUGAAACUCAAUUGGCAUUUCUAAGCCAUCCAAACGCAAAUAUUUCUACUAGAACUUAUUUUCAACAACCGUAUCCCAAUUUUCAACCUUCUACUACAGCUGCUGUAACAGCUACAACAUUUCUUCCCGGUAAUAUCCUAAAAAAUACUGGUAUUACCGGUAUUCCAUUCAGUACUAGUAACAAACGUAAAUCAUCACGGAUUUACGGUAAUAGAUCGGAUAAUAAAUUAUAUCGUGAUAAUCAUUUUGCUACUAUAUCUGAAUCAUCAUCAUCUAUAACACCUGUAAAUUCAAAAAAACGUGUCUAA